CACGAAAUCAUGAUAUGUAACGAGAAUAGCCCUGGAGAUAACUACAUGUAUUGAUCUGUUCCGACGUGAUUACACGAGGAUUCGUGUAAAGGGCGUAUCAUUAUGACUUCAUUAGUCAACAGUAACGACAGCAAUAUCAAUCACGACAGCAUUGAUAGUCUCCUCAUCAUUCCACAGCGCCCACCUUUUGAGAUCGCCCAUGACAAUUAUGAUCAUCUAUCUGAUCAUCAUCUAUCGUCUAUCGUCUAUCGUCUAUCACCUAUCAAGAGAUUGGGAGUCUCACUCCUCUGUACCCCGCGACAGGAUGGUUACACCUCAUCCAACCUCAGACUUCAGAUUUAGACUCAGACUCUCAACUAGUAAAGGCUGCUAUACCAAAGCGAACAAUACCUACGUGGGGACAUGAAAGCAACCAGUAUGUAUAUAUAUAUAUACAAUGAGAUGAGGUAGUGGACAUGAAACAUCGUACAAAAGCUGUGUUGUAUCAAUUGAACCAAUACCCAAUACCCAUUACCCAUUACCCUACAACCAAUGACCCAUAUCGCAAAUCAUCAUCUGAGGUUUUCUAUUUCCUGAUUCGGUCAUUGAACCCCGGGUUUCUUGGGAGUUUGGAGAGCAUCAUAACAGAUUUACGAUUCAUCCUCUUUUCCCUAUCAGUUCAAUCACUUCAAUCUCCCUUUAUCAGAAAAGCAGCGGUGAGUUUCAUUUGCCAUUCAUUAAACACCUGAAUCGUGUUUCGGGAACCAAUCCAUGGAUGUUCUUCGGAACGAUAACGAAUUCUACCACUUUGCCCUCCACUGCCCACCGAGAACGGACCAAGUGUAUGAGCGUGUGUGUGUGUAUGUGCUCCGUACUUUAUACCAGUGACACAUCAGCAUCCACAUUCUCUCUCUUAAAUUCAAUUGUCAUCACAAUCACAAAUAAUAUUUCAUAACAAAUCUUCUGAUCAUUUCGACUUACUUCUACACUUCUACAAUUCUUCAUAAGGGCGAAUAGUUUUCAACAACUCUAUUGAAACUUUUUGACAUUCCUCUUUGCGACACCACCAGAGAUAUCUAUAUCAGGAACAAAGAAACACCGUAUUCAAAUCAUUAAUACAUUCAACAUGGCUGGCAGCGGAGAAGUUCCUACCAUCAACAGCUUCCAAAUGGGAAGACUGCAUGGUAAAAAUGCCAUCGUUACUGGUGCUGCUGGGGGAAUCGGUCUUGAAACCUGUAUCCUCUUCGCCAAAGAAGGCGCCAAUGUCCUCAUGGCCGAUAUUUCCGCACCAGCACUCGAAAAGGCCGCCGCAAAACUCAGACAACUAGUUCCAUCCGCCCACAAGGUCGAAGUUAAAGUAUGCGACGUCUCCAAAGAAUCUGAUAUCGAGUCCGCAAUUGCUCAUCUCGAAUCGUGGGGUGGUAUCGAUAUCAUGUUCAACAAUGCUGGAAUCAUGCAUGCUGAUGAUGCCGAUGCUAUCGAUACCCCUGAGAAGAUUUGGGAUUUGACUCAAGCUAUUAACGUUAAGGGUGUUUGGUUUGGUUGCAAACACGCCGUCAUUUCUAUGCGCAAGAACAAGAAGAGCCGUGGUUCUAUCAUCAACACUGCAUCUGUUGUUGCGCUCGUCGGUUCUGCUACUCCUCAAUUAGCAUACACAGCUUCCAAGGGAGCAGUUCUGGCUAUGACUAGAGAACUGGCUAUUGUUCACGCAAGGGAGGGAAUCAGAUUCAAUGCGCUAUGCCCAGCUCCAUUGAACACUCCUCUUCUUCAAGAUUGGUUGGGAGAUGAUCAACCUAAGAGACUUAGACGUGAGAUCCACUUCCCAAGUGGAAGAUUUGGAGAGGCUAUUGAGCAAGCUCAAGCAGUUUUGUUCUUGGCUAGUGAUGAGAGUAGCUUUGUAAAUGGACAGGAUUUCGUUGUCGACGGCGGUAUGACAAAAGCUUACGUCACCCCUGAAGGACCACCUCUCGCUGCUCCAUCCAACAACGCUCUUCUCAGCGAACAAGUCGAUGCUAUCCGUGGUACCGGCAUUCCUCAAUAGAUUUUUCAUUUUGAUUGAAUCAUCAGCUCUUUUGCUUGGAUUCUUAGCGUACACUUGAUAGAUUAGGCUGGAUUAUUUUAGAUAAAUAUCACGCUAGAAUGAAUGAAGAUCGAUGAAUUUCAAUAUUAUGCGGCAAUUGAAAUUAAAAUGAUGAUUACUGAUGCAGUGAGUUGAUGUGAAGCU